UUUCACACACAAACACGCACAAACAAGACUCAAAUCCCAUAAAAUCAAAUUUUGAUUUCUUCAACUUUCCAUAUCAGCUCACACACAUGGCCGUAUAAAUACCCCGCAGCCUCCGUUCGUUCCUCAGAAAGAAACGCACACAACACAGAGAAACUAACUUCUUCAGAGAGAGAGAAAGAGGGAGAUGGGUAACGCCGUUGGACGGAGUAGGAAAGCGAAGGUGUUGAAAGUAGACGGAGAGACGUUCAAGUUGAAGACGCCGGCGAGGGUGGACGACGUCGUCAAGGAGCACCCGGGUCAUGUGUUGUUGGAUUCGGAGGCGGUUAAGCAUUUCGGAGUUCGGGCAAAACCGUUGGAGCCCUACCAGGAGUUAAAGCCCAGGAGAAUCUACUUCCUCGUGGAGCUUCCCAAGGUUCAGCCUCCGACGGAGCCUCAGCUAUCCAGGAGGGUCCGAUCCAGUGGGAUUCGGGGCAUGAAUGCUAAGGACAGGCUUGACUUCUUGAUGCUCUCCAAGCGAUCCGUCUCCGAUAUCACGUUCGCGAACAAUAAGCAGCCGCCGUCGGCCGGCCGAUUGAGGGUGCCUGGGCCCGACGGCGAGCCCUUGAGAGUUAAAAUGAGGCUUCCCAAGUCCCAGCUGGAGAAGCUCAUGGAGGAGAGCCCCGACGGAGCUCAGGUCGCCGAAAAGAUCAUCAAAUUGUAUAUGGCCAAUAACGCAGCCGGAGCCAGUGGCGCCGCCGUCGAAGCCCAGCCUGAGCUGGGGGCCAUAAAAGAGGCUCAAAAGCCACGAGGGAAACGAGUGAGUUUCAGGCCAAUGGAAGAAGGAGAAAUACGCGUAGAAGCAGCUUCUCAAUAGUAAUUGGUUCAGCUUCUCUCUGUUUUGGAGCUUUCGGAAGCAAUUGAAUUUUUGUUCUGAAAUCUUGUAGCUUAUUCCCGUUUUUCAGAGCACACUGUAUUAUACACGUUUAGAUCUAUAUAUAUAUAUAUAUAUAUAUAUAUAUAGUGCUAGCUAGCUAGCUUAAGAAUUCAAAUCAAGCGUGGCUUCACGGCGGCUUGAGAUUGCUUGUAACAGAACCCUGUGAGUAAUUAGAAAUAGAUCAGAGUUAUUUGAAGCUGCAAUCUUGAUUUCCAA